UUCGAUGAUGUGCAUGUGAACUUCACUGCAGAAGAGUGGAAUUUGCUGGAUCCUUCCCAGAAAAAUCUCUACAAAGAUGUGAUGCUGGAGACCUACUGGAACCUCACUGCUACUGGCUAUAAUUUGGAAGUCCAUCAUACUAAAGAACAACAUCAAACUUCUAGACGUCAUGAAAGGCAUGAAAGAAGUCAUACUGGAGAGAAACCUUAUGAAUGUAACCAAUGUGGUAAAGCCUUUUCAUAUCAUAGUCAUCUCCAAAGACAUAAAAGAACACAUACUGGAGAGAAACCUUAUGAAUGUGAUCAAUGUGGUAAAGCCUUUUCACAUCACAGUAGUCUCCAAAGUCAUAAAAGAACACAUACUGGAGAGAAACCUUACGAAUGUGAUCAAUGUGGUAAAGCCUUUUCACAACACAGGAGUCUCCAAUAUCAUAAAAGAACACAUACUGGAGAGAAACCUUAUGAAUGUAAUCAAUGUGGUAAAGGUUUUUCACAUCACAGUAGUCUCCAAAGUCAUAAAAAUACACAUCUUGGAGAGAAGCCUCAUGAAUGUAAUCAAUGUGGUAAAGCCUUUUCACAUCACAUUAGUCUCCAAUAUCAUAAAAGAACACAUACUGGAGAGAAACCUUAUGAAUGUGAUCAAUGUGGAAAAGCCUUUUCACAAAACAAUAGUCUCCAAUAUCAUAAAAGAACACAUACUGGAGAGAAACCUUAUGAAUGUAACCAAUGUGGUAAAGCCUUUGCAGAUCACAGUGGUCUCCAAAGACAUAAAAGAACACAUACUGGAGAGAAACCUUAUGAAUGUAAUCAAUGUGGUAAAGCCUUCUCACGUCACAGUAAUCUCCAAAGUCAUAAAAGUACACAUCUUGGAGAGAAGCCUCAUGAAUGUAAUCAAUGUGGUAAAGCCUUUUCAUGUCACAGUAGUCUCCAAUAUCAUAAAAGAACACAUACUGGAGAGAAACCUUAUGAAUGUAAUCAAUGUGGUAAAGCCUUUUCACGUCACAGUAGUCUCCAAUAUCAUAAAAGAACACAUACUGGAGAGAAACCUUAUGAAUGUAAUCAAUGUGGUAAAGCCUUUUCACGUCACAGUAGUCUCCAAUAUCAUAAAAGAACACAUACUGGAGAGAAACCUUAUGAAUGUAAUCAAUGUGGUAAAGCCUUUUCACGUCACAGUAGUCUCCAAUAUCAUAAAAGAACACAUACUGGAGAGAAACCUUAUGAAUGUAAUCAAUGUGGUAAAGCCUUUUCAGAACACAGUAAUCUCCAAAGACAUAAAAGAACACAUACUGGAUAG